ACACGACGUACGAGCUGUGCAGCCUUCGUCCCGCCUCUGUGACGAGGCAGCGCACUGUGGUACAAAAAGGGCAAAGAGCGGCAUCUCUGUUCACUAGUGCGUCACGGGGACUACAGGUGAGACAGCAGCCAAAUGGCACACGUCAUUGCUUUGACUCAACCAACUGGACUGAUGCUAUUUAGUGGCUGCUGGUGAGCUCUGAUUUGAUUCCAGUCAGAGCAUUACAACUGGAUUUAUCACAGGUCUGGACAAAUAGACGAGGACAGCCUUUAGGACAAACACACACUCCUCCAUGGAGAUUGAAGACAUGGUAGCAAAUAGUGCGCUUAUUAAAGCCAGAGAAGGUGUAGGAAGCAACGGCAGGAGCUGGAAAUGGAGAGAGAUGCUGCGCUUCCCCCACAUUAGUCAGUGUAAUGACCUGGCUACAACUAUAGAACGAGACUACUAUAGUCUGUGCGUGAGGCAGCCUAUUGGCAAGAAACUGUUUCAGCUCUUCUGUCGGAGUCAGCCCGAGCUGCAGAACCACAUGUCCCUCCAGGACGCUCUGGAUGCCUUUGAGACAAAGUCAGAUGAGGAGAGGAGAGAUUUUGGAAUGAGCAUUGUUCAAAGAUUCCUCAUGACUCAGUCCAUUCAGUGUGUGUCCAUUGCACUGAAGCAUAAACAGAGCUGCACCCAGAACCUGGACCAGGAUCCCUGUGGGGACGUGUUUCGGGACUGCAGGGAAGACCUGCAUAAAUACCUCAGUGGAGAGCCAUUCAUCCAGUACCAGAAGAGCAUGUUUUUUGACCGUUUUCUACAGUGGAAGCAGUUGGAGAGGAAGCCCAUCACCAAGCAGACAUUCAGAAAGUACAGACUGCUGGGGAAAGGAGGGUUCGGAGAGGUGUGGGCCUAUCAGGUGCGUGCCACAGGUAUGAUGUACGCCUGCAAGAAGCUGGAAAAGACCCACGUGAAGACGAGGAAAGGAGAGAGCAUGGCUCUUAAUGAGAAACAGAUUCUGGAAAGCCUGGACAGUCGGUUUGUGGUGAAUCUGGCAUAUGCUUAUGAGACCAAGCAGGCCCUCUGUAUGGUUUUGACCAUGAUGAGCGGCGGGGACUUAAGGUUUCAUAUUUAUAACAUCGGCAAGCCCGGCCUGGACACAGAAAGAGUCUGUUUCUACGCUGCAGAAGUCUGCUGCGGUUUAAUCCACCUCCACCAGAAGUCGAUAUUAUAUAGGGAUCUGAAACCAGAAAACAUUCUGCUGGAUGACAAGGGACACAUCCGCAUCUCAGACUUGGGCCUGGCUGUGAGGCUGUCUGAGGGGAAGCUGGUGCGAGGCAGGGUGGGCACACUGGGCUAUAUGGCUCCUGAGGUGAUCGGACACGAGCGUUAUGGGAUGAGCGCGGACUGGUGGGGCCUCGGCUGCCUGGUCUAUGAAAUGACUGCCGGGCAGCCCCCAUUCAGGGCCCGAGGAGAGCAUCCUAAAACCUCAGAGAUGGAAAGAAGGAUUCAGAUGGGGCAGGAAGAAUACAGUGACAAGUUCAGCAUGGUGGCGAAAGACCUCUGCUCUCUGCUGCUGACCAAGGACCCCAAACGGAGGCUGGGCUGCCAGGACUCAAAAGGGAGAGAAGUACAGGCACAUCCUUUCUUUCAAAAAAUCAACUUCAGGAUGUUGGAGCUCGGGCUCGUGAAGCCUCCAUUCAAACCUGAUCCCAGACAGGUGUACUGCAGUGAUGUGCAUGACAUAGAUGAGUUUUCUACAUUGAAAGGUGUCACGCUGAACCAAUCCGACAACGAAUUCUACUCCAAGUUCAACACGGGCAGUGUCCCUAUAACCUGGCAAAAUGAGAUCAUAGAGACGGGGUGUUUCAAGGAGCUCAACCUCUUUGGCCCUGAAGGAUCUCGAUCGCCAGACCUGGACUGCUCCAAGGCCCCCAAGAGCCCCAGGCGCGGCCUGCUGAGUCGACUCUUCCACCGACAUCAGCCUUUAGAUUCUUCGGAUGAAAACAAGCAGAGUUUGGAGACCACUGAAGCGUUCAUGAAGUCAGGACUAGUCGGCACGACCCUCUGGACUCCCACGCCCACCAGCAUCCACCCACUGUAGCAGCAAAGCACAAUAGAAGCUGCCGUUUCUUUUACAUCUCUACUACAUGAUGUUAGCACACGUUAGCACGUUCAAUCGGUCAGUUAUGCACAUGCCCCAUAUUUCCAUCUUAGUUAUCUCAGCAGCUGCUUUUGUUUACUACUUGAAUUUUGAUACAGGCAGAAAUGAAGUUACUACAUAACAUCAAAACUAAUUCCACCAGCAACAUGGGCCUUAAAUAAACUGUAUGUGUUUAAUGCAUUGAUUCCAAACCAGGGUUUUAUCCACAUUAAAUACAAACAGGUGACAAACUAAAGGACAAUCCAACACAGAAAGGAGUUUUUCCAUUACAGGAACUGACCGAAACG